AUGGAGAUCGAGGCAAUCAGCGCGGCACUAAGAAAAAGAUGCGAUGCACUUAUUGUCAACGUCAGGGGCAUCUCCGUGAGAGCUUCUAUCAGCUGCAUGGGUAUCAACCUCGUGAGAAUCAUCACUCACGCGAGCUUCCUUCAGCUCGUGACAGGACGGUUGAGCAGCAGUGGCGCCGUUCUCCUCGAUCAAGCAUCGAUGGGCCAGCUCGUGACCGGUUGA